GGGGACCGCUAGUGCGGGCCGGUCCAACGGGAGCUUCUCCGUUGCCGCCGCGGCGGCCGCCGCCCGGGAGCUCAGGCCCCGCCGCCGCAGAAGAGGUGUCCAGAGAGCCUAGUCUGUUUCGUGGGCCCUUGGCCCCUCCCACAAUGCUUGUCACUGGACUCCUCCUCUGGGCUUCUCUACUGACUAGGGCCUGGCCAACCACUCCCAACCAGGAACCCCUCUCAGCCACACCCCGGGUCCGGCUCUCAUUCAAAGAACUUAAGGCCACAGGCACCGCCCACUUCUUCAACUUCCUGCUAAACACAACUGACUACCGGAUCCUGCUCAAGGAUGAGGACCACGACCGCAUGUAUGUGGGCAGCAAGGACUAUGUGCUGUCCCUGGACCUGCACGACAUCAAUCGCGAGCCCCUCAUUAUUCACUGGGCGGCCUCCCCACAGCGCAUCGAGGAGUGCGUGCUGUCAGGCAAGGAUGGCAACGGCGAGUGUGGGAACUUCGUCAGGCUCAUCCAGCCCUGGAAUCGAACACACCUAUAUGUGUGUGGGACAGGUGCCUACAACCCCAUGUGUACCUACGUGAACCGUGGCCGCCGUGCCCAGGAUUAUAUCUUCUACCUGGAGCCUGAGAGACUCGAAUCAGGGAAGGGCAAGUGUCCGUAUGACCCCAAGCUGGACACAGCUUCAGCCCUUAUCAAUGAGGAGCUCUAUGCUGGUGUGUACAUCGAUUUUAUGGGCACUGAUGCAGCCAUCUUCCGCACACUUGGAAAGCAGACAGCCAUGCGCACAGAUCAGUACAACUCCCGGUGGCUCAAUGACCCUUCGUUCAUCCAUGCUGAGCUCAUCCCUGACAGCGCAGAGCGUAAUGAUGACAAGCUCUACUUCUUCUUCCGCGAGCGGUCAGCAGAGGCUACGCAGAGCCCUGCGGUGUAUGCCCGCAUUGGGCGCAUCUGCUUGAAUGAUGAUGGUGGUCACUGCUGUCUGGUCAACAAGUGGAGCACAUUCCUGAAAGCGCGGCUUGUCUGCUCUGUGCCAGGCGAGGAUGGCAUUGAGACUCACUUUGACGAGCUCCAGGAUGUGUUUGUCCAGCAGACCCAGGAUGUGAGGAACCCUGUCAUUUAUGCUGUCUUUACAUCCUCGGGCUCUGUGUUCCGAGGCUCUGCUGUGUGUGUCUACUCCAUGGCUGACAUUCGCAUGGUCUUCAAUGGACCCUUUGCCCACAAGGAGGGCCCCAACUACCAGUGGAUGCCCUUCUCAGGGAAGAUGCCUUACCCUCGGCCUGGCACGUGCCCUGGAGGAACUUUCACACCAUCUAUGAAGUCCACCAAGGACUAUCCUGAUGAAGUGAUCAACUUCAUGCGCAGCCACCCACUCAUGUACCAGGCCGUGUACCCACUGCAGCGGCGGCCCCUGGUGGUCCGCACAGGUGCUCCCUACCGUCUCACCACUGUUGCUGUGGACCAGGUGGAUGCAGCAGACGGGCGCUAUGAGGUGCUUUUCCUGGGCACAGACCGCGGGACAGUACAGAAGGUCAUCGUGCUGCCCAAGGAUGACCAGGAAGUGGAGGAGCUCAUGCUGGAGGAGGUGGAGGUCUUCAAGGACCCAGCACCAGUUAAGACCAUGACCAUCUCUUCCAAAAGGCAACAACUGUAUGUAGCUUCAGCCGUGGGUGUCACACACCUGAGUCUGCACCGCUGCCAGGCAUACGGGGCUGCCUGUGCUGACUGCUGCCUCGCCCGAGACCCCUACUGUGCCUGGGAUGGCCAGGCCUGUUCUCGCUACACAGCAUCCUCCAAGAGGCGGAGUCGCCGUCAGGAUGUCCGGCAUGGGAACCCCAUCAGGCAGUGCCGUGGAUUCAACUCCAAUGCCAACAAGAAUGCUGUGGAGUCUGUGCAGUAUGGUGUGGCCGGCAGUGCUGCCUUCCUUGAAUGCCAGCCCCGCUCACCCCAAGCCACUGUUAAAUGGCUGUUCCAACGAGAUCCCAAUGACCGGCGCCGAGAGAUUCGUGCAGAGGACCGUUUCCUGCGCACAGAGCAGGGCUUAUUGCUUCGUGCCCUGCAGCUCGGUGAUCGUGGCCUCUACUCCUGCACGGCUACUGAGAACAACUUCAAGCACGUUGUCACACGGGUGCAGCUACAUGUACUGGGCCGGGAUGCUGUCCAUGCUGCCCUCUUCCCCCCGCUGGCUGUGAGCGCCCCACCAUCCCCUGGCACAGGGCUCCCCACGCCUCCUUACCAAGAGCUAGCCCAACUGCUAGCCCAGCCAGAAGUGGGCCUCAUCCACCAGUACUGCCAGGGUUACUGGCGUCAUGUGCCCCCCAGCCCCAGGGAGGCCCCAGGGGCACCCAGGCCUCCUGAGCCCCAGGACCAGAAAAAGCCCCGGAACCGUCGGCACCACCCUCCGGACACAUGAGGCCAGCUGUCUGAGCCCUGUGUAGGGCCAGCCUAGCCCUCAUCCCUUUUAAUAUAAAAGAUAUAUAUAUAUAUAAAUAUAUAUAUAUAAAAAAUAUCUAUAUUCUAUACACACCCUGCCCCUGCAAAGACAGUAUUUAUUGGUGGGUUGUAUAUAGCCUGCCUCAGUGGCAGCAUCAACCAGAACUUAGACCCAUGCUGGUCAGAGACAACAAAACUGAGCCUGCCCAACCAAGCCCAGCAAGUUGCCAGGGCUAGGCAUGGAUCACACAGUCCCCAGACUCUGCUGGAAGUCUGCUUGAUCAACAGCCACCACCAAGAUCUACAGAACACAGGGAGGGAGCAAGCCCUACUUGCCAGGGCAUGGACCAGCCCCUAUGCUGAUGUGUGUUGUCAGCCAUACUAUGGCAUAGUGAUGGAUACUAGGACUGCUUUGGAGUCUGGGGGUGGGACCUCAGGAUGCCCUGAGAAGGGAAGAAGGGAAGAAGUCAUCACAAGAUGCCGAUCCCUGCCUGGGUCAGGGAUAGUCAGUCAAGGCCAGGUAUUUAUUCUCUAUUUAUUGGGGACAGGAGAAGAGGAGUCCUGCCCAGAUGAGGCAGACACUUCAGGCCCUUCUCUCUUCCCUGCUUGGCCAGAACAGGGCUAUUCCACUCUACCUCCUUAGCCCUUCCUGUGCCACCUUGACUUGGAGACUGGGAGAACAGUGGGGCCAGGUGCAGGUAGGGCUGAAGGCAGCCCUCAGCUCAGAGGGGAGAUGGGCCAUGGUGGAGGCCUAGGGCCUGCAGGGGUUCUCCAGGGCUUCCUUCUGCCCACCACUUCAAGUGAUGGGUGUACAUAGCUCUGAGAGCAGUUAGAUGGUUGGGAGGCUCCUGAUGGCCCUCUGCUGCCCGGGCCACAGCUUCCCUUGGGUUCCAUCUUGCUAAUAAACACUGGCUCUGGGACUAGA